CCUCCCCCCUGGUUACCGUUCUUCACAUCUAUCCGUUAGAGAGAGCAGGUGUUGCUGUGUUAAACAGCCACAGGUCUCAUUUACCUUGCAACCCCCACCUCCCUCUCGACCAUACGCAGAGACACACAAGCUCCUCUCUUCCGAGCGGCUGAGAGGUUGCUAUGGCAAUGGUUGUCAUGAUGCCAAUGUAGCGUCCUGAAGGUAGUAGUUGUGGAGGUAGUGGUGGAACUGGAGGAGGUGGCGGCAGCGCCGGUGGUGAACGUCCAGGGAUGGGAAGUGCUCCGUAUCCAGCCGGGGAGUGGAAGGGGAAAGGGCGAGGCGGCCUGCAGGAGCUGGGCUGCAUGCCCUGGAAGGUCAGCAAGCAGAAAGGUGGAGGAGGAGGAGGAGGAGGCGGAGGGGAGGUGGUGGUUGGAGCGGAGGAGAAGAGGUGCAGGGAUCCCAGGGACUCUCAGCAGCAGCAGCAGGAUCUUUCAUCUUCCUGUUCCUCCCUCACCCCUCCAGCGCCUCCCCAGUCCUCUCUGACACCUCCAGCCAUUUAUCAUGAGAAGCAGCGGAGGGAGCUGUGCGCCCUGCAUGCGCUCAAUAACGUCUUCCAGGACAGGACGGCCUUCAGUCGGGACACCCUGCAGGAGAUAUACCAGAGGCUUUCUCCCAGCACUCUGGUGACGCCUCAUAAGAAGAGCAUGCUGGGAAAUGGGAACUACGAUGUAAAUGUCAUUAUGGCAGCCCUGCAGACCCGAGGUUUUGAGGCAGUUUGGUGGGAUAAAAGAAGGGAUGUUGGCAGCAUCGAGCUGUCCAACGUGACAGGCUUCAUUCUGAAUGUGCCGUCCAACCUGCGCUGGGGGCCACUCCGGCUGCCGCUCAAACGCCAGCACUGGAUAGGAGUCAGAGAGGUGGGAGGAGUCUACUACAAUUUGGACUCCAAACUGCGUAGCCCUCAACCAAUCGGCAAUCCGGAUGAGCUCAGGAAGUUUCUCCGCCAGCAGCUGCGAGGGAAGAAUUGUGAACUCCUAUUGGUUGUCUCAGAAGAAGUGGAGGCACGCCAAACAUGGAGGUCUGAUGGCUAAAGGUUUAACCAGCCAAUCACAGCUCCUUCUGGGCCAAUGGGCCAAUCACAGAAUGAACAGGAGAGGAGGUAGCGUCGUGCACAGCCAAACACAUGGAUGCACACUUACAGAUGUAUUUUUUCCCCCCUUUUUUGGGUUUUGUUUACACGGCCAUUGCUGGACUCUUGUCGGAUAAGAUGCAGAGCAAUGAAGGAAGCAAACACUUUACAGGGAGAAUAAAGAAUCACAGUCCUUUACUCGCAACACAGUUAAGACUUAUGGAAAGUUAUUAUUCUGUUUCUGCUAUUUCUGUGUUUUAUAUAUAUUGACUAUUUUCCAAAUGUCGGUUUUGAUCCGUUGAUUUUUUUUUGUUAGUUUUUUCCUUUUUACUGUUCAAGUUUCCAAAGUCAUGGGAGUUCAGGCUUUAUGAAAAAUGCUGUGUUUAUCUGCUGGUCUCCUUCAGCGACCCUCCCAGCUUUAGCCAUGAUGUUCACUGAUGUGUCUUCGUGUUUCUGGACGUCGUGAAUCCCUCUCUCUCUCUCUCUCUCUCUGUCUGUAUCCUCCGUCCUUCACUUUCACCAAAGCGUGUCCUUCCUUGCCUCAGUGUGACUCCAUCUCACUCUUCCUCUCUUCUCCCUUUCACAUAUCACAGGUCUAAAUCAGUGAUUUCUUGCCAACUUUGUAUUUCAUCCACUUUCCAAACACUUCUGGUACAGACUGAGCCUACACUGUGCAGAGGCUGUGCUGACACAACAGUUUUAUAUGGCAACAAAGCAAUGCAACACCCUGGCCAAGCGCUCCCUCUAGUGGAGGUUUUGCCUAAGUUUCCUUCCAUUCCUUCCUUUUUUGUUUAAUUUUUCACGUUCAAAUGGUUACUGUAAAGUAAUGAAGUCUGCUUGUUAUCAAAGAAAUAAUGCAAUACUAACAAUUACUGUCCUUUAGUAGAAUUAUACUGUAUCAUGAUAUAACAAUCAUUAAGUUGGAAAGAAAGAGAGAAAAUUAAACUUAUCAAAAUGUUCCCCAAAAUAUAAAGUGACAGAAAUUGGCCUGCAUCAAUCUUACAGCAUCACAGCACAGUUUUUACUUUGGAAAAAGCAAUCAACAAAACGAUCUCAACUCAAAGUCCUCUAACUUGCUUGUUCUGGAGCUUUUGAUCAAAUUACACAGUGCUCGUCAGUGGAAUGAGUUGACUCAGUUGUCAUGGAAAUGUAGAUGCUCAAACUUUCCAGCAGCGCUUAAAUGAUUGUUGAUUAAUCCUUUAGUCGAUCGGCAGUAGAUUACUCAACAAUUUUUUUUUUAUAACCUGUUAAUCAUUCAAAAAAUUAAGUAUCUAGUUCCAGCUUAUGUUUUAUUGACUGUGCAGUUAAUUGAGAAAAUAACUGGCAGAUUAAUCAAUAAUGAAAAUCACCAUUAGUUGCAGCCUUUCUUUACAGGAUAUAGUUCUAUGGUAACUGAGUAAAGUUAAUCUGCUGAUGAGGACUGUAAGAUUCGGUCAAAAGCUCCGGGACAAUCAAGGUGAAUGGACUUUCAGCACGUUAUUGUCACAAAAAUGUCAUAUCAGUGUAAAAAGAAUAUUAUUUUGUUCGUCCAUAUCACCUACUCUUUCUUAAUGAGAGCCACAGUAAUUUCUUGCACAGUGGUAAAAUGUCUCCAGACAGACAGAUCACACCACAAGGGUUAAACUUGAUUCUUUUGAUUUUAAAUAAUUAUUCUUUUGGCUCCACAGUGGUCCAAAGGAUCUCCACCACAGCAGCCCUCUGUAGCACAGGAGCUCAGCUGAUGCAGGGCUCCUCCUCCUCUUAAACAUCUCUCGUCAAACCUGCCAAACACAGUCAAAGUCUUAUAUAGUCAGCAGUGAUGUAUAAUGUGUAAGGUUUCAGUCUGAGGAGGGGUUUCGGCAGGUUGUUUGUGUGAAGGGAAGUUGUCAGUUUAAGAAACGGUGGAUGGAGUGUAGUGUGCCUGGGUAGUGAGUCUAGGAAAAAAAAAAGAAAUGUGGGAAGAAAAGUGAAAUUUGAUGGGCCAGCGAGUGAGCACAUGUCCAACCAGAUGUGUGUUUCGGUUGAUUAUUGUGAAAUAGGCCUUAUGAAAGAGUCUGCUGUCGUAGCUUUCAGAUCUAUCAGUUUAAGAUAAACUGUUUAUACUGUACAAGUAUUGUCUGUUAAUGACAAUAUUGGCCUUAACUUGUUUACAUUUAAAAAUAUAUGUGUUGCUCUGAAAGAUUAAGAGGGUCUGUGCAGUUUGAUGCCAUUUCAGGAGAUUUAUUCCAAAGCACCAGUUUAUCAUAAAUUUAGAGGAGAAACAGCCGAUGCUCCACCAGUGUACAGACUAACUAACCUGUAAUGAUGUUUUCACUUUUGCAGCCAAGGACUUUAUGUUAUUUUCAAUUGUUUGAAAUAGUAUGAUUUUAUAAAGAUAAUAUCACUUGAUUUUCAACGGUGCAUGUGUUAUUUUGGAAUGAAACUCUUCAGUUCCAUCCCAGUCUGUAGACCUUCAAUGUCCUGUUAUAUCCAAGUGAACCUCCAGGGAAACAUCAGAGAGGUUGUCACUUUAUUUGCUGAGAUUUUUUUGAACCCAGUCACAUCAUAACUAAUGUCUCACAAUUGCAUUCGAUAUUUGCUUUUUUUAGCCAUGACAAUCUAUUCAGCCCUUCUCAUUAAGGAAUCCUGAUUGUCACUGGGUUGAUUUGGUUUUUUUGGUUUUGUUUUUGUUUUGUUUUUGUUUUUUGUUUUUUUGCAUAGAAAUAAAAUGCUUAUAAUGGCACUUUAUGUAUAAGCUACUGUGUGGGUGAUUAAAUGGGUCAUUAUUUGCCCUGAAAGAGUCA